CAAAUGACAAGAAAAUUUCAUAAACUUCCACGCUUCGGUGAAAAUAUUCAUGCGAUACAAGCGUCACUGAGAUCAUAUGUGCGGACGAAGUGGCGUGUAAUGGCAAAAAACGAGAAUGAAAAGGAUAACGAACGAAGACAAAAUGAUAAAAACCGGGUAACAGCGUUAAUGGGUAGAAAAUAGCACGGCGAGCAAGUACUUCAAUAUCGACGCGAUACUUGAUCCUCCGAAGUAACGAAUUUUCGAAAGACUUUUUCGACAAAGUUUUAUACGACAUGUCGAUGCGAAAGCACAAAAAAUGAUCAGCGAUGAAAAGUGUGAUCCGGUUUCUUUACAUUCUGACUAUCAUAUGCAUUUUAAUCGAUCGUUUGAGAAUAAAAAAUGUGACAAUGAAAAACGAGACGUAAUAAUUCGUGCAUCACCGGAGUUCACAUUCAACGCAAUUAUAGCAGAGUAGUCGUAGUUAAGAACUGCUAUAUGAAAGCAGCGCGAAGAGCUUUUCCAUAUAAUUUCAUAGAAUGAAAAUGACAUUAAACACUCACGAUCCUCGUUCAAAGCAUUCGAAUUGAGUGAGUAAUUGAGCAUGCUCAAUAAAAGAGGUUCGCAAUAUUGCCGUCAGACACUGGGGUUCGAAUAGAAAAAAAAUAAAUAAAGAAAUAAAAAAGGUUCAGUCACAAACAAAUAUAUACGGUAAGAUCGUAGUUGGAAGAUACGCGAAACAUUUUUCCUUACAGCUGUUACGCUUUAAAAUGACGAUUUAUUUUCGCGUUUCAAGCGACGCGGCGGUGGACAACUUGGCGACGACACGACAUGAUGUAUCAUACGUCAGAUUAUAUGGUACAUAUGUAUAUCCAUUCACUAUUGUUCGUUUACGGUGAGAGAGAGAAAAUGUUCGUAUUGAACUAAUUGUGAUUUUAAUAAAACGAAACUUUUAUCAAUGGGUGUAGUUGCGGUGACGAGUAUUGAAGGUAAUUCUCCAGGAUCGAAACUAACAUGAUUCGGUAUAAAAAGCUUUACCGAGUUGCAGAAACCAUUGUGAUGUUUCCAUCCGGUAUUCGGUAACGAAGUGAACUGAAUACCGAGUUAUUUCGAAUCGAAAAUUCAAUUGUCUCAGUCAUAAAAUGUCAAAAGGACGUCGCACGGUUAUGGAUGAUAAAGAAUUAUAAUAAAAAUCGUUCCAUACGAGCGGCGCGUUGCGAAGAAGAAUACCGAACAAUAGGAGUUUAAGGGUGUCGGUGAUUGUUCUAGAGAAUGAAAUAAACUUCCUGAUCAAGUAUCGAUUCAAUAACCGUUGAGAUGCUAUAUUCGUAAGCUCUGAAAGGUAGAGGGAAUAAUUUUCGAAGAAUGGAUGACCCGAUGGUCGAGGAGUUGCGAGUUUACAGUCGACGUCUGGUGGAACGGCUAAAAGAUAAAGAAGCGGAGGUGGCUGAUUUACAAGAAAAAUUUUCAAAACUUCAGGGCCGCUAUUCUCAACUGGACUAUGCGUUCAGGAAAAAUUUAGAACUUCACCAACAUCACAUGAUGGAAAUUUACGACUUGCGUCUCGCCCAAGCAGAACUGAGUAAAACUGAAAAGAACCGUCGGAAACAAUUAUACAAGAUGGAAAAUCAGUUGAUUAAUGUGACGAGGGAAAAAGAAGUCGCUAAAAGCGAUCUCGCCUAUUGGAAACAGUCUCUAAUUGAUCAAAAGCAAUUCUACGAAGGGUAAGUGCUGUAGCAACGGUUAAUAAAAAUCGAAAAAUGUAGAAACAUAGAUGUUAUGAAACGAAAAAGAUCACCUGGUGAAACGAUAACCUUUCGUAUAGCCUUGUGAAAUGGAUUGCAAAUGACAAAUAAAGCAAAAAUGUCACAGACAAUCGUAUACAGGAAAACGUUGGAUAGGGUUUUCCCGAUAAUCGUCAUAUCACGUCACUUCUUUUACGAUACCCCUAACGAAACUCUGAAUUAAAAACGAGAUCGAAUCGCCGAAAUUCUAUAGGAAAAGAAAUAGAAUUCUCAAAUUCUCUACGCUAUACAGCAAAAAGCUCUCAGAAGGCAAGCAAUUUUUUUUCCCUUUUACGACCCCUCAUCUAAACGAUAAACCACAGUCGGGUUGUGUUAACCGGCCAACUGAACUUCCAACCAAUGAACCUAUAAAAAAACUUUUCUAAUUCUCCAAUACUUACUCACCAAUGAUUAACACGAACUUUCCCUAUUGCGUGAUCGUGAUCGGUUUUCAAUGAUUGGAUUUCUCGACUAGACUGCAACUACUCAUUUCUCGAGAUUUCUACACUCCAUAUUUGUGCCAACAAGUAGCAACGUGGAAGGUGUAAAGUCAUUCGCAAGUACAUCGCAUGUACUCAGAUAAAAAAAACUACUAUUACAUUUUAAUAAAAAUCACCGAGAAAUGGGAUAAAACAUUUCGUGAAAUAUCUGGUCGGAUGAUGGACUGAAUUUUAAGCUCGCAGUAAAACGGUAUAAGAUGCUUGAAAUUAUACACACGAGCUGAGCGAUAAGAUAAUGAGAGUUCCUGUACAAAUGACCAACAACCAUUAUACAACCGCGAUGAGAUUAUAUAUAUCGAAUUUUGAAACUUCAUUUUUCACGUAAGCGGGCUAUGUAAAGUCUCACACAGGUCACCGCCAUACCAUGUACCAUACGUUAACUAAAUACGUAGCUAGUAGCUCCUGUCUAUAAGGAGGGAAAAGGUGAGCCCGGUAACCUAACAAAGAUUGAUGAGGAAGCAGAUUGGUCAGGAAGUUCGCAUCGUCGGUUUUUGCCCACCCCCAGCGUUCGAAAAAAAACUAAAUAAAAUAAAAUGAGUUUAAAAAAGGGCGAGAGCGAUGUUUAGCUACACCUACAUUAUCCGCAAAUGUUUAUCGAAAACUCAAAAUCUAUCCCCGAUGUCUCCGAGAGGGCGAGAUUUAAAAAGCUCCAAAUAACCCACCCAUCCGAACAUACACGUGGGUAAAGUUGAAGCUUUCCGUUCGAUUCUGACGCUAUUUUCUUUCUCUUUUGCACGCCCCGCUAUACCUCUUCUUCCACCAUUACGAAAAUUCGACCUAAAAGUACCCGGUGUACAAUAUCAUAUUGGUAUCGCUUUUAGAUUCGAUCGUUCAACGAAACGAAAA